GUCGAAUUGUGUAUUAUUAUUAUUAUAAUAACAGCAUCGAGAAAGGCGAGAAAACCAUAUUCAUGUACCACCAGUUUACCACGCUCCACAUCAUAAGAGAUCACAGCCGUUCAAUUCAUGGGUCCCACAUCCUCCUCCGGUAAUAGCUAACCAAUGGAACGGUAAAUGUACAGGAAACGGAUGGCCAUUACAUAAACGGUAUCGUUUAAGACAUGUCUAUUAUGGGUUUUCUGUUAUGACAGCUUUUAACAGUAAAUUAAGGAAGGAAGCGAGCCAAGGAGCCAAAAACCCCAUUGGAUUAGAAAUGGAGGAUUUGCCCCUUAAAAAUUCAAUCAAGAGGGCAUAGGCGCUACAACAUUCGUAAUUUUUCUGUUGAGUGUUCUUCUCCAUUGCUUAAGCCAGUUCAAAGAAAGCGGAAAUGGCUCUCAAGAAUACCAAAGAUCACUGGGCAUUUCUGCAAGAAAUUGAAGCACCAAUGUGGGUAGAUCUUACCCUAGAAGCAAAAUCUAAUUACCAAGACAUUGAUGAUGGGUGGUUUUAUACUAGCCAUGAGUUCCACCACUGUUCUUCUCAUCAGCUAAAAGCACAAUUUGCUCAUUCUGGUGAGAGCAGUAUGUCAUCUGACAUUGAUCUGAAGGGGCCAUCUUCACCUAAGCUUCCAUCCUCAGUUUCAAGAUCCAGGGGCAAGCACUGUGCAAGCAACAAAUCUGGUUCAUUGAAUAAGCAGCAUCCAGUUAAGGUUUUAAAUGGGAAUUCUUCAUGGGUGAAUUCAGGAUCUGGCAAGGAAAUAAAACCCAAACAAAGCUUUAUAAAUUCUAAUAGAACUUCAAGGUCAAAAAUAAGUUUUGUUCUUGAGAAGGAUUUAACUGAAAAUGUAAGAGAAAAUGGUUUGAAAGCUGUAUCUAAUCAUGGAGACUUUGAAGGUAGUUCAAGUUCUGUGGUGGAUAAGGCAGGUGAAAGCAAUACAAGCACCAUUACUUCUGAGAGUGGUCAGAAACCACAGCAAAGAAACCUGGAGGUAUCAAGUCAAGCUUUUGGUUAUUCAAGUGGACUUUUAUCAGCAAUGAGGAUUAGCCUUAGGAAAAGCUGUGUUACAAGACAAGCAUCAAGGGGGGGUUUUAAUAAUAAUAGUAGGAGGCAAUCAAGAGGUCACAAUUCUGUGUCUGGCAAAUCUAGCAAGGGAUCAUCUUCGAACCAUCACUUUGAUUUUAAGAGUUCUACAUUUGCAUUGGUGCAGCAUAAAGAAUGCACCCCAGAUAGCAGAAAUGGAGCAAGAAUGACUAGAGCAACAAAGAACAAGGUAAAAGAUUGUAAUGUGUCCAAGGCUUCUAAUGUUCAAGUUAAAAUGGGAGUUGGCAAUGUUAGAAGGGAAGGGACAUUUUCAAAGACAGCCCAUCAAGAAGUUGCAAAGUCAAAGGUCCAAAAUCAGACCCUGCACGUGAAAGCUUUGCUGCAGCAUAGGGUUAACGAACAAGGUUCAUUGGCUGGUGUUACAAAAGCUAAAGAGAAGGUUACAGUGGGUAGGCACAAUAGAUUGGUGGGUGGUGGAAAUGAGAAUGCAACAGGAAGAGUGCCCUUGAGCCAAAAAUUCAGUCAUGGAGACGAUGCUACUGGAGUCAUAGCUAGUGGUCGGAAGGAGGCAAAACAGAAUGUUCCACUAAAGUAUGAUAGAACAAGAGUGGUUGGCCCAAAGGAAAAAAUCAGCAGUCUAAAGAGGGGUAAUCAUCCAAAAAAUGCGGCUCAGAGGAUCUACCUUCGAUGAGCAAGCAUUGCAGAAUAAUCAUCUGUUUGUACAUAGAUUCUUAACUUUCUCUAACUACAGAGAAAAACAGUCCACAUUACCGUCGCUUCCAAGGCUGAAUUUACGGGUUACAGGGGCAAAUUUUGGUAUUAUUGUCCCUUGUCACGCUUGGCUUUCAUUUGUAAAUACUCGUUCUUCGAUAUUUUUGUAUUUGAGCCUUCAUGAACUCAUUGUUACUCUAAUGUUUUAGUAAAUUUCAUUGAUAAUUAUACUGUA